GUGUUUUGGUCGGCUCAAGUAAUGCUUUGAUUUGUUUUGAUAUACCUAUUUUUUAUUUUGCUAGCAUGUUAUCUUUACGAAUUUUUAGAUUUAAGUUUCAUAGACCAAACAUUAAUCACUUUAAGAGUGAAACUCAUUGUAGAAGAUUACAAACUUUAGGACUAGACGAUAUUCCUAGUGUAUCCGCUACAGAAAUACGAAAAUUACUGCGACAAAAAGGAUUGGCUGUGCAGGAUGGGUGUACCUCACUUGUAACAAAGUGUGUCAUUUGUGCUGGAGAACAAAAGGCAGACCAAGGAAAGAUCUUCAUCAAUAAAACUACUGGCUACUUCCUAUGUCCAAAAUGCAAUGUACAUGGAGAAUGGAAAAUUUUAGAGAGAAUUGUUAAAAAAGCAAAGCUUGAUGCUGCAACCAAAGACUAUAUAGAGAAGACUCGACAAAAAAGUGUAGAUUUCCAAAAAGACUGGGAUAAAAUAGUAUCUGAAACAUCUUCUGUAGCUGAUCUCAAUGAAAAUGAAGCUAUAGAAUUGUUUAGAUUGUUUGAGUUUCCCUUUCAUCCAGAUUCACAUAAAGUAUUAUCAGCAGUUCGAGUCACCUCAGACCACACCAUCCUGUACUUCCCACUGACCAACAGUGCAGACACAGUGAUAGGCUACCGCAAGCUGCAGGCGGGAAAUGAAGAAGAGUCACAGUGCCACGGACUAGACACCAUCGGGCUGUUUCAGUGCAAGGCACCCAAAGUGCCAAGAUUAGACCAGGCAGUAUUAGUGCCUACUAUACAAGAUGUUUUGAACUUAGCUGCUCAUAAAGUUCCAGGCUCGCUGAUAUGGCUGAGCGCGUGCAGCCUGCCGCCGGCGCUGCUGCCGGUGCUGGAGGGGCACCCGCGCCUGUGCUUGUGGGGCCCGUGGGACAACAUGCGCGCCGUCGCGGAGAAACUCGGCGAGGACCGCUGCCGGUUUAUUAGGCCCACCGACGGUUUGGUGACGGCGUCGGAGGCGGCGGGCGCGGAUCUCUCCCUCAAGACUUUGGUCUCCGAGGCCAAGCCGGCGGCGCACCGCUCCAUCACCACCUUCGCCUCGCUGCGGGAUGACGUGUAUGCUGAACUCACAAAUAUCGAUAAGGUGCGCGGUGUAAAAUGGCGUCGCUUCCCGGCGCUCAGCAAGUUGCUCGGGGGACACCGGCGCGGGGAGCUCACCGUGCUGACCGGGCCCACCGGCUGCGGCAAGACCACGCUGUGCGCCGAGAUGUCGCUCGACCUGGCUGAACAGGGGGUGACAACCCUAUGGGGCAGCUUCGAGAUCCGCAACGCGCGCCUGGCCCGCACCAUGCUGCAGCAGUUCGCGGGGGUGCCGCUCGAGCGCCAUCUGGCGGACUUUCCCGCUCACGCCGACCGGUUUGAGAAACUUCCGCUGUACUAUCUGGCUUUUCAUGGACAACAGCCGAUUAAAGUUGUUAUGGAGGCAGUAGAGCACGCGCGCUACAUGCACGACAUCGCGCACGUGGUCGUGGACAACGUGCAGUUCAUGGUGGGCGUGGCGGGCGCGGGCGAGGGCGACGACCGCUUCCGCCGCCAGGACGCCGUGGUGGCCGCCUUCCGCGCCUUCGCCACCGCGCGCCACACGCACGUCACGCUCGUCAUGCAUCCCAGGAAGGAGCGAGACUCUGAUGACUUGUCCACCAGCUCCAUCUUCGGAAGCGCCAAGGCCUCGCAAGAAGCUGAUAACGUUCUCAUUAUACAAGACAAGCGCCUGACAGCUGUUAGAGGUAAGAAGUAUUUGCAAGUUGCGAAAAAUAGAUACAGCGGUGACCUCGGCAUAGUGCCCCUCGAGUUCGACAAGGAUGCCCUCAGCUACCAGGCCAAGAAGAAGAAAGGGAAGGAUGAACCCGACAGAGUACUAAACCAGAGUCUAGAAGAGUUCUCUAUACAAGACCAGAACUACGUAUCUGACUUUGACCAGCGCCGUCGGGAUGGAAAGACCAAAAAGCCAAAAAAUAAUGCUGUUGUAGACAGUUACUUAAAUGACAUAUUAAAUUUAAAUAGGACUAGAUAACAUUAUGUUAAGGUUUAAAUGCAUUCGGUAUAAUGGUAAAUAGGUAGUAUAGAGAUAAGUACAACUACUGUACAAUGUAAGUACAUAAUUCUUAAUUAACUAACAGCUAUUUAAAUGAAAAACAAAAAUUUCCAAUGAGCUAAUUUAUUCAAUUAUACAUAAUUUAAUUUA